AUGAAGCAAGGCACUGCUUAUAAUCUCUCUCAUCCCACCUUAAAACAGACGACCAAUAACGCAAAAGACCCUCAGGCAAGACAGCUCACCACGCAACAAAACAAGACUACUUUCACACUGAGACAGAUGAAAAGCAUGGCACAAGCAAAGGUGGUUAUGCUUACGGAGUAUACUACUGUGUAUCCUACAGAGGUUGCUCAGGCUACGUUCGAGCCGUCCGCAUCUACGACAGCCGCCGUUAGUCUUUCCGCAAGCCUGAGCAGCAAGAUCCCUGAACCCACUAUUUCGAUAUCAUCGGCUAUUCCCUCUCAAACAUUACCGCCUACUUCUUCGACCACUGUUGUUCCACUGGGUCCAGAACGCCACUUUGACGAUACCCCCGUCAUCGUCAUCCUUUCACUAUUCAUCCUCUUUGCUAUUCUUCUCAUCGCAAUGAUAGGUUACUUAGUCUUCAUGCGAUUCAAAGGUAAAUGCUCCUCGUGCCAAGAUCUGCAAGAGCAGAUCUCGAAGUGGGAGUGCGGGGAGCUGAAGCGCAUCACACCGCAAAUGGUUAUGAAGCGUGAUAUGCUAAACAAGACCCCCUGGGCACAUUACACUUCUUCGGAACUCGACCAGGAAACUGGAUAUCUUGGGCACAAAAUGUCCCGCGCGCCGACUAUCUACCAGGUUGAAAGAGAAAGGGGGCCGUCGCUCUUCCAAAAGAUAAAAGCUCGCAUUGUCCGUGGAGGUAAGUCAUCAACCCCUCCAGAUUUACCGACUAACUACAAUGACGGGCAUCGUUACUCCGCUCGAUCCUCUGCAUAUUCGGCGUCUACAUACUACGACCCCGAAAAGGAUGACAAAGAGAUGCGUAUCUUCACCGAAGUCUCAGCACCAGAUGUUUCCAGCGCUCGCGGACCCCUCCGCAAAGAGUCAGAAGAGCCAAAGCGCUACACUGCAUACGCAUCCACUGAGCAUGAUGAAGGCUAUUCUUUGGAAAAGGAGAUAAACAUCGCCCACGCGAUGGCGUGUCUGGAAUCCAAAGAGUACAAGGAUGCCAAUGCAGUCCUACAGCGUCAAUCUGCAACAGACUCUGAGAUGCGACGCGCUCUGGGAUUCGUCAAUACCAAAGACCAACAGAUGAAGGUCGCACUCCACCCCAGCCUGUACUCGGAGGUCGACAAGUCACUAUAUGAGUCGCCCGCUGCUAACACCUCUUCGCAAGCUGAGGAGUAUCAGCCGUUCAGCUGGCGCAAAAAAGGCCGUAGACCGCCAGAUCUGGGAGAUUAG